AACAUCCAGCCAGAACAAUGGGGUGCUUCACAUUUAUCAAAGUGAUGAUGAUUUUAUUCAAUGUUUUCAUAUUUCUUGGAGGUGGUACCCUCCUGGGAGUUGGAAUCUGGGUGUCUGUGGACAGUAACUCUUUUUUAAAAAUAUUUGGAACAGUGUCUGCAAGCGCUGCACUUCAGUUUGUGAAUGUUGGGUAUUUCCUCAUUGCCAUUGGUUCCCUGUUGGUAAUUCUUGGAUUCCUUGGAUGCUGCGGAGCUCAAAGAGAGAGCAAAUGCCUACUGCUCACGUUCUUCUCCAUCAUCCUGAUCAUAUUCAUCGCAGAGGUGGCUGGUGCUGUUGUGGCCUUGGUUUAUUCCUCCUUGGCAGAGACUAUAUUAGGACCCCUCCUAAAACCAGUUCUACAAAAUGAGUAUGGUUCUAAUCCAGAUGUGACAAAGAUAUGGAACUCCACCAUGGAAAAUCUUCAUUGCUGCGGUUUCAAUAACUACACCGACUUCAGCAAUUCCACCUUCUAUAAUAACAACCAUCAGCAAUACCCAUCCUACUGCUGCAACUCAACUUCAAGUGCAAAUUCUGUCUGUACUCAACAAGGCGCAAUGAAUUCUCACGUUUCGGGUUGUUUCAGUCAGCUCAUAUACCUCAUUCGGCAGAAUGCUGCCAUAGUAGGGGGCGUGGCAGCUGGCAUCUGUGCACUGGAGCUUGCUGCAAUGGUGGUUUCGAUGUACCUCUACUGUCAUUUAGACAAAGAAAUACACUAAAGAGAAGACUGAAGAUUUGGCACAAAAUUCCAUGUAUAUUUUUUUUUUUUUUUUUUUCCAGAGAUCUUCUGACCAGAAUCAGUAUGAACAUCAUGCAAUAGGAUUACAAACUGGCUCAGAUGUAUUUAGAAAUGUGUACAUAACUGCAUUCCUUAUUUGAACCUUGUUCAAAUCUAUUUUUUUUUUUUUUUUGCCACUUUUUUCCUCUUCCCAGUUUCAGCAUUGGAUAUUUUGCAGUAUAGAUUUUGACAUUUUUCAGAUAAACAUCUGAGCAUGUAGUAACUAUACACAGACUCUCCUAUUAGUAUCUUGUUUUUUUUCUGUUUUUGUUUCACUCUGAGCCUUUUUGUAUGAUUGUGCAUUCUGUUUUGUUUUUACACUUGUGUAAAGAUUUGUGGUGCCAUACCAAGAAUUUCAUUUCACCCAUAGGACUGAGCUAGACAGGAGCCCCAAGCAUUUCAGAUAGUCUAGAGCCACAGCAAAGCUGCUAAUCGGCAUUACCCUGCAAACGAGCUGCUAUUUAAGUACAUUUCACAGUACAUUUUCGGCUUAUAGUUUAAGCCUGUGAGAGGAUGCUGGUAGUAGUCGGGGUUUGGUUAUCCUAUAUGAAGAAAAACUAUAACAAUUAUAUAAGGCAAUAAUAAUUUGCACUUUUGCCAGUGGCAUUUUUCUUUAGAAUGCUCCCUUUCUGUAAAUGCCUCCUCUGGAUAAAACAAGUUUUAAUUGUUGGUCCCCCUUGGACCAAAUUCUUUUGAAACAUAGUUCUUUUUCUGUAGUAUUGUUAGGUCUGAAUUGCAAAUCUAUUCCCACUGUUUGGUUUGUGUAUUGUGAAUCUUUUAUUGACAUAAUAAAAACUUCAAGGGAAUUAGAAGAAUGGGGCUCGAUUGUUCAUCCUCAAUGGCUUCCCAACGUUUCACUAAGGCAGGUCCAGCCUUUUUCUAAAUCAUUAGUAUACUGUGGGUUGUGUGCUAUAUAACCAUUAAGUGCACUUUUCCUAGUCAUUCACUUGCAGGAUUGCAAGAUCAGAAACAGAUGUGUAUUUUUACUUAAACUAAGACUAUUUAUUACUUUGUUUGUUUUUGCUUUGAAAAAACUAUGAUGUCAUGUGUCGGAGUUUUUUUGUUUUAAAUUAACCUUGAGAGAAGUUGAGUGGUUUUUAUUCCUCAGCAAUAGUAUGUGAAAAUUGGUUAUAAGUUCAGAAAUUGUUUAAUUAAAUGUGGUUUCCAUAAUAUAUUAAAAUAUAAAAUGAA